AUGUUUCCACGUAACUUGACCACCCUUGGCAGGAGCUGGUUUGCUCAGAGAGAGAUCUCAUUUAUAACGUCUGUGUGUCAACAUUAUCCAUCCUGUUACAAAGCACUGAAUCCGCUGUAUGUUCGGCCUUUCACCCUUUUCCACAAGCCCCGCAUUAACUGUGUCCUAAGGCUGAGCCUGUUUGAUAAUUUUUGUCAGACAGCUUUUCACACGUCAAGUACAUUAAUGGAGACUGUAGACGAUGAACCAGAUGUAAAAAGGAGGAAACUUCAAGAUAGGAGUGGGGUGACUACUAGGUAUGAAAGAAGGAGGUCGUCACCUUGCAAGACCAGGGAUGUGCCAGCUACUAUAACAACGUCUAAUGAAUCAUUUCAAUCAGAAGGAAGUCAGGAUGAACCUGAGCAGACAAGACAGAGAAGAAUACAUAGGUUCUGGGAAGAUUUGUCCUCGCAUUACUACAAAGAAGCAAACAAGCAUCCAGGCAGUUGCAUUGAGGAAGACCUGAGGAAAGAAACGUAUGAUUUCACAGUGAUGUCGUACAACAUCCUGUCACAGUAUUUGUUGGAAGAUAAUGCCCAUCUAUACAAGCAUUGCCCACGGCCCAUUCUGAAGUGGGAUCACCGGUUUCCAAAUAUCCUGCAGGAGUUUAAAGACCUUGAUGCAGAUAUACUGUGUCUGCAGGAGGUGCAAGAGGACCACUACAACGCUCAGAUCAAGCCAAGUCUUGAAUCUUUAGGUUAUCAAUGUGAAUAUAAGAUGCGAACAGGGAGAAAACCAGAUGGCUGUGCCAUAGGCUUCAAGCGAUCCAGGUUCUCGCUCGUUUCUUCCCAUCCAGUGGAGUUUUUCCGUCAUGGCAUUCCUCUCUUGGACAGAGAUAAUGUGGGCCUAGUUGUUUUACUAAAACCCACUGUACACCGGUCAUCAUCUUCUAACGUAUGUGUUGCCAAUACUCAUCUCCUGUAUAACCCCAGAAGAGGAGACAUCAAGUUAACACAGUUAGCCAUGCUGUUGGCAGAAAUCAGUGCAGUGUCUCUGGAAGAGAAUGGGCGUCGAAGUCCCAUCAUACUCUGUGGCGACUUUAACUCGGUUCCGGGCUCACCCCUCUACAGUUUCAUCAAGGAUGGAAGACUGAACUAUCAGGGACUGUCCAUUGGCAAGGUUUCUGGUCAGGAGCAGACUCCAAGGGGGCAGAAGAUGCUGUCUGUUCCUAUAUGGCCAGAGAGCCUUGGGAUUUCUCACCGUUGUCAAUAUGAAGCCAAGUACCAAAAAGAUGAAGGAAGUGAAACUGGUGACAAAUCUAAUGAGUCUUCAUUUGAACCAGAGGUGAAGCGAAAAGAAGCCUGUAUUGAGCAUCAGUUCAGUCUGACUUCUGCUUAUUCACAUUAUUUAUCAGAUGAUGGGAGUCCAGAAAUCACAACAUGUCAUUCCAGGACAGCUCUCACUGUGGAUUACAUAUUUUAUUCUGCAGCAAAAGAAGCUAUCUCUGUACUACCAGGAAAGAAUUCAAGUUAUGAUGGAAUGUUGAAAUUACUCGCCAGACUUUCUCUUCUUCGUGAAAGAGACUUGUGGUCUGUGAAUGGGCUGCCUAAUGAACACAACUCGUCUGACCACCUGCCUUUACUUGCCAAGUUCAGACUGGAAUACUAACGCAAGACUAAUGCCAGACACAGGUUUAUUUUUGUAAUACCUUUAUAUGGAUUGUUCACACUGUCUUGCAAAUCUGAUACCUUCCCUUUUUGUAUAUUUUAAAAACUGAAGAUUUGUGGAAACAAAUUUUAAUUACUCAAUAAUUCAAUUUAUAUGUUUCUAUCUAUCUGGGUUUUUAAUGUGUGUAUUGGCAUGUCCUGGUGUGUUUUUAUUUUCAUAUUUCAUAGAUGCAAAUUCUUAAACAAAAUCAGGAUUAAAUCUAUUUUUUGUUAACAACUGAUAACAGGAAAUAAAAAAUUUCCUCUUGUUUGUAAAAUUUUAGAUAAAAUAUGUACAGGAGUACAAGUUCACUGAAUUUUCCAGGAAAUGUAUUAUUUGAAAUCAGGUUUUUGUUCCCAUUGUACUUAAUUUUAAACCAUUUUAAUUUGCUCUUCUCUAUAAAUCUUAGGUUUAGUAUUAAAACAAAAAGAUCCCUUGGUUGCAUAAUAAGAGCAUUAAAGAUUUAUAAUUGUUAGGGUGAGCCUCUUUCUUUUAUAAGCAACAGAGAAAAAUCAAUUGCCAACAGUUCUACCUUAUGUGGUAUACUAUAUGGCUGCCAUUUGUACAAAAGGAUGUUUGCACUGUAGUGCAGUAUGUAAUCAAUUUGGAGUUAGAGGGGAUUGGAGUCUACUGUGUUUAGGUAACAUCAGGCGCUACACAGCAACCAGUUUUGGGUCAGGCACCAGUUCAUCCCGGGGUGAAGUAAUACCACCAUUUGAUCCCAAUGCUUUUCUAUUCCUUCCUGGUAACAAAGUGCGCAGAGGUGAGAAUUUAAUACAGAUAAUUAACAAAUUAAUGAUUGAGGUCUUGAUAGUGUAACGUAAUGUAACUGAACAACGUGAAUCACUUUGGUGAACACUGAUCAAAAUGGCUGUUUAAUAGGCUCAAUGUUUACAGCAAAUAAUGCAGUAAUGUAGUUGAAUAACCAACAUUUAAUUGAUUUGGCACAAAGCAGAAAGACCAGAUAAAAUUCACAUUUGAUAAAUCUAGGGAAACUUAUUUCAUAAGUAAUAUAGGAAACGUGACAAAUGAGAGGAGUCCCUUCAGCCCAUCAAGCUUGUUUGUUUAGUUAACAGCUAAGCUGUGCCAUCUCCCAGUAUCUCUACUCCUUUUACGUCUUGUUUUGACAUUUCAGUUUCCACGGUGUGAUAUUCUCUGAACCUGUUAAUUGUUUGCAAGUGUUACUGGUAUCGUAUCUGCCAGUGCUGCAUCCUUGUUUUGGUUAUACUGCAGAUUUCAUUUUUUUAAUGGUCAAUAAUGAUAUUAACCUUCUUGACAGAAGAUCUUUGACAAAAUGUGGGGUGAGGGUGACCCUCUUGACAUUGUGCUCCCUUGCUGCAAUUCUCUGGCCUUAGGCACCAUUAUAUAAAACAGCUCUUGGUCAUCCUUUGGUAAAAAUGCUAACCAGUAUCAGCAUUAAUGAAAAUGGCAGUUAUCAAGAGCUUUCUGCCCGUUUCUCAGCUGAAGGAGUCUGCUGGCUGCUGUACGUUCCAGAGCCACAGUGCCUCACUGACAGAGACAGCUGCUUCAAGCUCAAGGAGUGCCAGUCCUGAGUUGGACUGCCUGCCACGUUCCAGGUCUUAUGUAGCGUUUUAUGUUGUAUAGAUCCUCUGUGCUGUUUGUUUUACUGUCUAUACUGUAUGUAUCAUUUCUUUACUAUAUAGUUUUUUGAAAGACGUUAAGCCUUGGUAAAGAUCUCACACAAAAAUGUAUUGUUUGUUCACAGCCUACACAAUGUGAUUUCUCCAAACCCACGUGGCAUGCUGACAUUUUCCUGCAUUCUCUGCAUGUGAUCUGCUGGCAUUAACCGACUCUGUCUUACUGAGCGUGACUCUUUAGUGACAGACGGCCAGUGUUGUGACAUUCCUGGUUUGUCUUUUGAUGGGUUGACCCUUGGGCUCUGUUGCUUGGCUGCACUGGUCAUACUGCAGUCAAGUGAUGGAAGGCUUAACAGAAACAAGUCCAGUCACUAUUCAUUUCUGCUGCGUCUUUUCUAACAUUUUUGAAAUCCAUUUUAUGUUGUAUGGUAUGCUUUUCUUAGACUUUUGUCAUUCUUUUCAAUUUUGCCUUACCUAAUGUUUUGAUAAUUGUUUUUUUAUUUCCCCAGC